AUGCCUGAACAAACAACAGUAAUUAUGGGAAAACAAUUGAGAUGGGGGAUAGCCGGCGUUGGGAUGAUCGCGCACGACUUCUUGACAGCGAUGGCAUCACUGUCAUCUGAACAGCACAAGGUGAUUGCCAUCGCCGGCAAAGACCUAGAUCGUGCUCAAAGAUUGGCCACGCUCCACAACAUCGGUACCGCUUACGAAGGCUAUGAAUCCAUUGCCACCGACAACGACAUAGACAUUGUUUUCGUCAGCGUUCUUAAUUUACAGCAUUUCGAAAUAACAAAAUUAAUGUUAGAAAGCGGUAAGCACGUGCUAUGCGAAAAACCUAUGGGAAUGACAUAUAAACAGACAAAAUGUCUAGUGGAUUUGGCUCGAGAAAAAAAGCUAUUUCUCCUUGAGGGGAUGUGGUCAAGGUUCUUUCCUGCUUACGAUGCUUUAGACAAGCACAUUGCUAGUGGUGGGCUCGGAGACAUAUAUCACAUAAAUAUACAGUUCGGGGUGGAAAUUAACGACAUAGAGAGAAACUUAAUGAAAGAUUUAGGGGGAGGUGCAGUAUUGGAUUUGGGUAUUUACAUGUUACAACUUCUACAAUUCAUAUACAAGGAGCCUCCUACUGAUAUAAUGUGCACGGGACACUUGAGUAAAAUGGGUGUGGACGAGUCGGUUUCUUGCGCUUUCAAGUACAAGGAAGGCAGGACAGCCACUAUAGCGGCCCAGACUAGAGCCACUAUGGGUAACCGAGCAGAGAUCACGGGGACCAAAGGUACAAUUUUGCUCGACUACUUCUGGUGUCCAACAGUACUACACAUAUCAGCAGCAAACAGUACAGAAUGGACGUUACCUAAAGGCAAAUAUAAGUUCCACUUCCACAACAGCGCGGGACUGAGCUACGAAAUACAAGAGUGUUGGGAUUGCAUUAAUAAUGGUUUACUCGAAAGCCCUAAAAUGAGCUUAGACGAGAGCGUCCUUCUUUCAAAACUAACAGAUACGAUGAGAGCACAACUAGGAGUAAUGGAUAAUGCACUU